AUGAUAUCGAACGAUGCAUUUCUUCACAAGCAAGGACCUUUGGCGCGUGUAUGGAUUGCAGCACACUGGGAGCGCAAACUGAGCAAGUCUCAGUUCCUUCAGACACCUAUUCCAUCGAAUGUCGACAUGAUCGUUGAGGAGGAUGAGGGCCAUGUUGCUCUUCGUCUCAGUGGCCAGCUGCUCUUGGGGUUUGCUCGGAUCUAUUCACGCAAGGCUAAGUAUCUUCAAGAUGACUGUUCAGAUGCGCUUUUGCGCAUCAAGGUGGCGUUCCGGGGCACCGCCGUCAUUGACCUUUCCCAUGAACAACUACACGUCUCACGCACUGCACUCACUCUUCCUGACGUGUAUUCACCGAUUGAUCUGCUCAUGCCAGAGCCAUCUCUAAGUGACUGGGGCAUCACAACUGUACCCUCGGCGAAAUCCUCACUCCCAUCCCGCCACAUUGCACGUCACUCUGACAUCACUCUCCCCGAUACUCAAUUCACUGUGCCUGAAGAUAAUGACAUGCCCAUACAUACAGAUGAAGCGCAGCUGGAAACUUCUUUGCAUGAAUUCGAUUUGGGCCUCGUUGAUACAAAUACGAACAACGGUGCUCAAUUCUUUACUGCACCUCCAACGAAGCGAACACGGCGCGAACCGCGGCGUGAUACAACACGGCACACUUUACCGGAUGCGGACUUCGACGACUCGUUUGCGAGUGUGGGUGUAGCACGUCGUGCACCACAAAAUGAGGGAUCUCUUGUUUCUGAGGCGGAGGCAGCUGCUUCCCGUCAUGUACACGAACUUGUGGGUGACUUGGAUUUGAGCGCCUCAGACAUGCCUUUGGAUCCGCUUUCUCACAUAUCACCAGUGCCUUUAACGAACGAAACCUUUGAUGAUGGCGGUGUUGGUAUAAACCCAAUUUCUGCUGCAGAUAUUAGCACCGACUCGAUUGGAUUUGACGUGUCAGAACUACCAGUGGAGCCGCCAGCGGCAGCGACGCCACCACCAGCACGGCAACGAUGGGAUCAUUUGCCAUCGGCUCCUGCGCUCCCGACACCACCGCUUCUUCCCCGCCCACGUGCAUCAAGUACGACACCUGCUCGUCAUCUAACGCUUGAUGACGUGGCGCAUGCUCACCUCACGCCGCAUACUGCAGCAAAGCUUCGCACGGCGGCAGAGCAUCGUGCGUUGGGUGCACCAUCAACGAAAGCUCCACGCAAACGGCCUAUCCAGGACGACGUAACUGAGCUGUUUCCCGCACGCGCGCGUUCCUUGCAAGCACGCGCUGCCUCUGUGGCGAAAACGAUGAACAAACAACCGCAUGAGCAACAUUGCCUUCCCGACUCACGGAUUCAACUAGCCAUUCUUGCUUCACAUGCACGCGGUGCCAAGCCCGCCUUGCCUCGUAGUCUUGGCAUGUCAUGGGGUGCUGUGCUCCAAGGCCCUUUGAUCGAUACCAUCAUGCCUCUGACAUGGGAUACAAGGCGCGCUUGGCUCGCGACACAGACGGCCGAACGAGAGAAUGACAUGCAACAUUGGCUUCGAGCUAUCCAUGAGCAAGCAUGCGAGUUGAGUGCUGACGAUGAAUUUCCUAUGGAAGUCGGUCGACGUGCGCCUGAACUCCCGGCCUGGCUCGCUCAUGAGGCGGAACCUCAUCACCAGCCGGAUUUCAUGGACAUCGAUUCUAGUAUGGACUUGGGCACCGGUAGGCAAGACAUGUCCAAACGUAACGGCAUGGAUGGUUUCGACAUUUCUGACGUUACCGAUGCGCCCCUCGAUACAGAAAUGCCACCAGCGCCUGACCUACCUGAUCUUCCUCCUAUCGACGAGCCACAAGAACCAACAAAUCUGUCAUCGCCAACUUCGAUGCGACAGGCUGACGACCAUUAUAUGUCGUCUCCUGUCCCUUUGCGUCGAUCAUCUCGACACCAGCACCGUAAGGCUGUCAACAGCGAUGAAGCCAAUACCCGACUUCCACCUCUCUCGCGCAUGUCAACUCCAGACUUGGACGAUACGGAUGAAGUAGAGGUCAAUGUGCCGACGACGAAUCCCAUUGCUGCAUUCGACAUGCGGGUGCGGGAGACAUCAGUGGAUGGCUACAAUAUUCGGACGAAACGAGCGGCACAUGUGCUUCGUACGACGAUGGAUGGCGACUCGCAUGUAUCGUUCGAUGCUCUUGCUUCGAAAGGGUCGCGGCGUGCGGCCGCCGGCUUCUUUUUCGAAAUGCUUGUUCUCGGCACGCAUAACUGUGUGCGCUUAGAACAAGAUACGCCAUACGGCAACAUGGACAUCCACGCGAAGGAGGCAUUGUGGGGUAUGUAA